ACGUGGUCCAUUUUACCCCACAAGUGCAUUAUAUUAUAAAGGUAAAUUUAUCCUUUGUGGUAUUACAUCUCGUGUGUUUGAGUGGUAUGUGUGGCCGCUAUAUGGCCUUACGUUGCCAACGGUUGAGUGGUAUGUGAAAUUUAUCUCCAAGGUUUUUUUUAACAAGAAAAUAAUUUCAGGGGGCUUUUUUAUAAGAAAAUAAUUUCAGGGUUUUAUUUGCAAAACCAGACCACACGCCCAUCUACCGAUCGCUGACAGCAGGCCACAUGCCACGCUGACAUGCCUCGUCAGCAUCGUGAACGUAUAAAGAUGAGAUUUGAACCGUAUUUGCAUGUUCAUGCCAAGUUGUAGAACCAGUUCGAUGUAUUUUACAAGUUCAGGCACUAAAUUGCACACUUGUGGCAAGUUCAAGCACUAGUGGUAUAAUUACCUCUUAAUUUAAAUUUGCCUUGAAAAUACCAAAAUUUUACCAGGAAAUAUCGGCUUUCCGUCUACGUCAACGGUCGAGGUCGUUUGUACUAGUCUACUCCUGAGUCUUCACUUGGUUAUUAAUUCCCGGCUCCACACUCUUCGCCAGCAUCCUGCAGGGGAAGCGAUGAACCAAACUAUUCCAAGUCCAAGUAAGCAAAUCAUGCCUCGUCCUCGUCUCCAUGGCCGCGCCCCAGCUUCGCUUGCCAUCCACCACCUCCUCAUUUCGUUCCUCCUCACGCUGUCCCCGCUCGCGUCUGCGCAGCAAGAGUACGAGGCCAACGCGCAGAGCGACUGCUACGCCAACAACGGCAGCUCGGUCCUCGGCUACACCUGCAGCAAGAGCAAGAGCAACCACGCAAACUCCUCCUCGGCACCGGCAUGCGCCACCUACCUGGCCUUCCGCUCCGAUCUGCCCGGCUACGGCUCCCCAAUCACCGUCGCCUACCUCCUCAACGCCAGCACGUCCGCCGUCGCCGCCGCCAACUCCGUGCCCGUCGCCUCCCCGGUCCAGAACGGCACCCUGCUCCUCGUCCCCGUCCGCUGCGCCUGCACGGCGGCGGGGCACUACCAGCAUGACGCCGCCUACGUCAUCCAGUUCGACUACGAGACCUACUUCUCCAUCUCGAGCGACCUGUACCAGGGGCUCUCCACCUGCCAGGCGAUGAUGGCGCAGAACCCCGCGCAUGAUAGCCUCGAUCUGUAUCCCGGCAUCGCCCUCACCGUGCCGCUCCGCUGCGCGUGCCCUUCGCCCGCGCAGGCCUCGGCUGGAGUCAAGUACCUCGUGACCUACGUCCUCGACUGGGACGACGACGCGUCCACCGUCGCCGACCGCUUCCACGCCGACUACCAGGCCCUGCUUCACGCCAAUAGCAUCACCGACGACACCACCGUAUACCCGUUCACCACCAUGCUGGUGCCACUCAAGGAUCCGCCCACCUCUGAAAUAGCGUUCCUGCCGGAGCCACCGACACCGUCACCAGCACCGUCCGAUCCGGCGUCAGUCCCGCCGGCGAGUUCCACUGAAUCAAGCAGUGGUCCUACUCCUAGGUGGCGGGUCGUCGUCGGCGUUGCUGCUGGAUGCAGUGUUCUUACUUUGGGUGUCGUGCUUGCUCUCUUCUUGCUACGCCGUUGGUGUCGGCGGCACGGCGACCGUGGUGACCGAAGCAAGACCACCCUACCGGCAGUGGAGCAUGCUGCGCCAGACGGGCCGGCGAAGGGAGCUUUGACGAGGGCGGCGUCCUUGAUGUGGCCCAUGGUGGUGCGCGAGGCAGUGGGGUCGCUGACCGUGUACGACUACGGGGAUCUAGAGAGGGCGACGUCAGGUUUCUCGGAGGAGCAGCGUAUUGGAAACUCGUCGGUCUACCGCGCGGUGAUCAACGGCAGCGCUGUGGUCGUGAAGCGAGUGCCCGGCGACGUGGGCACUGAGGUGACCAUCCUGGGGCGCGUCAACCACUCGAGCCUCAUCCGCAUGUCCGGCCUGUGCAUGCACGGCGGCUACACCUACACGGUGUUCGAGUUCGCCGGGAACGGCGCGCUCAGCGACUGGCUCCACGGAGGCGAGGAGGAGGAGGGCCGCGUGCUCGGGUGGAGCCAGCGCGUGCAGGUGGCGCUCGACGUGGCAGGCGGGCUCAACUACCUGCACAACUACACCGAUCCUCCCUACGUGCAUAAGAAUCUCAAGGCCAGCAACAUCCUCCUCGACGCGUGCUUCCGCGCCAAGCUCUCAAACUUCGGCCUCGCGCGCGCGAUCACCACGGACGACGAGGACGACGACCGCGGCGGCCUGUGGAUGACCCGGCACGUGGUCGGCACGCAAGGUUAUCUGGCGCCCGAGUACCUCGAGCACGGGUUGAUCGGCCCCCAGCUCGACGUGUUCGCGUUCGGCGUCCUCGUGCUUCAGCUCUUGUCCGGGAAGGAGGCGGCUAGACAAGACGAUGACGUCGGCGGCGGCGAGAACGGGAAGGUGGUAUUGCUUUGGGAGGAAGCGGAACGGUUGGGCCUGGGCGGCGGCGCCGGCGACCUGCUGGACAAGGUGACGGCGUUCGUCGACGGCCGGCUGCAUGGGCGGUACCCGUUGGACGUGGUGUUCGCUAUGCUCGCGUUGGCACUGAGGUGCGUGGCCCGGGAGCCCCGGACGCGGCCGUCCAUGGCCGAGGUGCUCCUUUCGCUCUCGGGAAUGUACAAUUGGACAAUAAAUUGGGACCCUCGGUGCCCUGACGGCACCGGAACUCGUCACGAACAAUAGGUCCAGAUUACUACUGUGCUACCGCAUCCAACACGGCGGGUCACCGUCGGUGUACUUUCGCAAGACGUAGGCAUCUUAUGGACUUGUAAUGCGAUCAAGAUCAGAAGUAAACCUUGGCACUGAAGUAAACUCAGUUCCAAUCAUCAUGUCAUUUUCUUGUUAGUAUUAAGAUCGUUAGGGGCAUGUACAAUGGUAGUAUUACCUUGGUGAUGCCUCAGUACAGCCACGUCGGUCAGGAGAGAUGAGACCACCGUGCAAUUUCACACCUAUCCAAUGCAACAGCAGCCCCACGACGUUUUUUUUUCGAAAAAGGGGCUCCCCGGCCUCUGCAUCAGAAAAAUGCAUACGGCCACAUUUAUAUAAAAAUA